AAUUCGUCCGUCAUUGAAAAGCUAUCGGACAAGUUGGUCGCGCAUUCGGAUAAGACCUACCUGUGGUAGUGCAUUGUGCAUCACUCAAUUUCGUUUCUGAACCCGUGAUCGGUGGUAACACGAAGACGCGGGAUAAUUUAAACAGUACACUUCAUUAAAUAAUAUCGAAAAAUAAUUUAAUUUAUUUUAAAUACGCAACAAGAGGCUAGUGGAAAAACUAGAUUUCGUAUAGUUUUUUUUUGAAUUAAGUGAAUUUUAGUUGACCCAUUGUGCCCAAUAAAGAAACGCUACAGGAUGACCAUGUCAGAUCCCUUAUUAUUGGGCGACGACUACUUGCCCGAAGCCAUAAACUCCGAUUCAGUAGACCCAAAUAACCUUACCCAGAUCCAAGAAUUCUACAAGGAUACCAAUAUCUUCAUCACCGGUGCCACAGGCUUUUUGGGAAAGAUCUUAUUAGAAAAACUACUUAGAUCAUGCCAACAUCUAUCUACAAUAUACAUUUUAGUAAGGAACAAGAAAGGAAAGAAAAUGCACACCAGGGUCGAUGAAAUUUUUGACGAAGUCAUCUUCGAUAGAUUGAAGAAGGAAAAUUCGAAAUUUCGACACAAGGUCGUUGGAAUAGCCGGCGAUUGUUCGCUACCUAACUUGGGUAUUUCAUUAGAAGAUAGACAGACUUUAAUAGAACAGGUUAACAUAGUAUUCCACGUAGCAGCUACAGUACGAUUCGACGAAAAAAUAAAAACAGCGGUAGAUAUAAAUGUUAGAGCCACACAAGAUAUGCUUCGCCUUGCCCAAGAAAUGCCAAAACUCAAAUCAUACAUCCACGUUUCCACUGCCUACGCUAAUUGUCCUGAAAAAGUUAUAGAAGAAAAGCUUUAUCCGCCUGCAAUGGACUAUAGGAAACUUAUAGUGAUGACGGAUACGCUUUCUGAAAAAUUACUAGAAAAUUUGACUCCUGCGAUUUUAGAAAAUUAUCCAAACACAUAUGCUUACACCAAACAAAUUGCCGAACACGUCGUUCAAGAUUUAGGAAAAGAUCUCCCAGUUGGAAUCACCAGACCUGCAAUAGUUGUAUCUACAGCGAGAGAGCCAGUCCGCGCCUGGAUAAAUAACAUGUACGGAGCCACUGGAGUAGUCGCGGGAGCUGGUGUAGGACUAUUAAGAACUUUACAUUGUGAUAAGGACUGUAACGCAAAUAUUGUGCCCGUUGACAUGUGCGUAAACUCGAUGAUAUCUGCAGCUUGGGACGUCAACGAACUAUUUGUAAAUGCCAAAAAUAAUGGAAAACGUUUAGAAAUUCCUGUAUUUAAUUUCGAAAGCAGUAACGAUUGCCCUAUAACGUGGGAUUAUUUCAUGAAUAUGUCAAAGGCAUACGGAAUGAGUACACCUUCAAUAAGAGCAAUAUGGUAUUUUUGCUUUAUCUUAGAGAAAAAUUUCUUACUUUACACCAUCUAUACUUUCCUUUUACACACAGUUCCUGCGUUUAUAGUAGAUGCCGUUCUUGUUUGUGUCGGCAAAAAACCAAAAAUGUUUAAAGUAUAUUCAAAAAUUCAUAAAUUUAGUAGAGUUUUAUCCUACUUUGCCACACAAACGUGGAUCUUCAAGUCUGAAAACGUCCAACGGGUGUGUAGAAAAAUGAGCGACAGAGAUAACGAGAUUUUCUUUAGCGAUUUGAAGCAACUCGAUUGGGAAAAAUAUCUUAAAGUUUACAUUAGAGGAAUCAGAGUAUUUCUGGUGAAUGAUCCAAUGGAUUCUUUACCCGCUGCUAGAAUUAAAUGGAGAAGGUUAUACUGGGCCCAUCAAAUAACAAAAGCAGUACUGGGAUUUUUAGCUUUAAGAAUUCUAUGGACCUUAGUGUUCUUCGUUUAUAGUCAUAUUUAUUAAAUUAUACACCCUUAUUUAUGUAAAACAAAUAAACACAUUUUAACGUUUUA